AUGUCAGACCAGGACGCCGCCACGCCUCGAGUCUUCCUCGUGCGGCAUGGAGAAACAGAAUGGUCAAAAACCGGCCAAUAUACCGGAAUUACGGACCUUCCACUCACACCAGAUGGUGUCAAGCAGGUUACCACCACGGCAGUUCGACUCGUCGGCGGCGGCAAGUUGAUUGACCCAGCUCGGAUUGCUCACAUCUGGGUAAGUCCUCGUACGAGGGCGCAACAAACAUUCCAGUACCUCUUCAACUCGGAGCCGCCUAGUUCAGAUAAAACGGACUUUGAUGCCGUGGCCGAUCGGGUUACGACCACUGAAGACAUCGCGGAGUGGGAUUACGGCGAGUACGAAGGGCUGAAAACUGGUGAAAUUAAGGAGAAGAGAAAGCAACAGGGCCUUGACCAGGACAAGCCGUGGAAUAUUUGGAAGGAUGGCUGCGAGGGCGGAGAAUCUAUGGAGAAAGUGACCGAACGGUUGGACAAACUAAUCACCCAGAUCAAGAAUCUUCAGCGGCCGUUUAUCAGUGGUCAAAAGCCAUGCGACGUCCUUAUCGUCGCCCACGGGCUCAUUCUUCGCGCAUUCGCAAAGAGGUGGAUGCAAUACGCCUUGGACUUUCCAUUGCCCAUGAUUAUGGCGCCAGGGGCGAUUUCAGUGCUUAGUUAUAAGAACGGUAAUAUUGAUGAACCGGGGUUCUAUCUAGGCAUGUCACUCCCGUUUGAGGAGUAG